AUGGCUCACUCAACCGAAACUUACUACUAUUACGUCCCCAAUCUUCAGGCUCUCGACCCCACAGCCCGCGAAGUCGACCCUUCAGCCUACACUUGGGUCCAACCCACCAUCAUCGAAGAUGAAGACCUCACUUUCGGCGGAAAGGCACUGAGCGCCUGGUACGAGGAGGAUCGUCGUCGUCACAGCUCUGGCAGCGAUGAGGAGGAGCGUCGUGGACGAGAACGCGUGCGAAGAAACUACUCGCGUUCCGGCAAGUCUCACAAGAAGUAA